CUGGCGUCCGCUAGGUCUCCGCUCAGGAUCCAGUCUGGGCGGCGUGGACCAGGCCCGGGCGGCAGUCACGGCGCCGGCGGAGGUGGCUGUGGCGUGAGACAGCAUGAGACCGUGACCAUGGACUUCUCCCGGCUCCACAUGUACACCCCUCCUCAGUGUGUGCCCGAGAACACUGGCUACACGUAUGCACUCAGUUCGAGUUAUUCUUCUGAUGCUCUGGCUUUUGAGACUGAGCACAGACUGGACCCCGUGUUCGAUUCCCCAAGAAUGUCCCGCCGCAGUUUGCGCCUGGUCACCACAGCAUGCGCCACUGAGGAUGGACAGGCUGGGGACGCGCACUCCUGUGCCAGUAGCACCACCUCCCUGAAGGACAGAGCCGCCAGAACAGCAAAGCAGCGCAGAAGUGCAAGCAAACCAGCAGUUAGUGUCAGCCACGCCUCAAGGCAGGCCCUGUCCUCAGCCAUGGUCCAGGGCGGCAUCGCCUCCAUGUCACCCAUGGCCUGUGAGCAGCCUCCCGUGCUGGAUGAGUCUCUGAUCCGAGAGCAAACCAAAGUGGACCACUUCUGGGGUCUUGACGAUGAUGGCGAUCUCAGAGGUGGAAAUAAAGCUGCCGCUCAGGGAAACGGGGAUCUGGCAGCAGAAGCCUUCCGGAGCAAUGGCUACACCUGCCGAGACUGCGCGCUGCUCUCGGAGCACAAGGCCACGCUCCCGGCCCGCCCCGCGCCCCGAGGACUGUCGUGGCAGGUGUGCUCCACGGACGGCAGUCAGAAACAUGAGUCUGCCUCUCGUAAAGGCGAUGCCUCUUUCCACCUGGAUAGGAUUUUGUGGCUGGCCAAGGACACUUCAUCAUCCUUGUCGUCAUUCUUAGUCCACCUUUUUCGAGUGGUUUUAAUGAAGCUCAAUUAUGAAUCAGGAAAAUACAAAUUGAAAAGUUACGAAUCAAAAAAUCGUGAAUCAAAAAGCUAUAAGUCAAAAAGCCAUGAAUCAAAAGCUCAUUCCGGUCACUGUGGGACAGUGGAUGUAGGAGGGCUUCUCAGAGAGGACGGCCGCCUCAGUGUAAAUGGGGAGUCCCUGUUUGAGAUUGAGCAGGUCUGCGUGGCAAACUGUCACAUUAACUGCUUGUCACCACCACCCACAGGCGAUGACUGUAAGGGAAGGAAGCUCCUUGAGACGCACACAGACAUCAGCGCGAGGUCCUCAAGGCCAGAAAGGGUGGCAGGGGCCAUUUGGUGCAUCUUUUCUUAUGCAGGUCACCUCUUGGUACAGAUGCUGCAGAGGAUUGGAGCUUCCGGAUGGUUUGUGUCGAAGACACUGCUGUCGAUUCUCUGGUUGGCCGCGGCUGCUCCAGGGAAGGCAGCCUCUGGAAUAUUCUGGUGGCUAGGCAUUGGAUGGUACCAGUUUGUUACUUUGAUUUCUUGGCUGAAUGUGUUUCUUCUUACAAGGUGCCUUCGUAACAUUUGCAAGUUUUUAAUCUUGUUCAUUCCAUUAUUACUUUUACUAGGUGCAGGUCUGUCCCUGUGGGGCCAGGGAGACUUCCUGUCAGGCUUCCCUGUGCUCAGCUGGACACGUGCACAUGGACCCCAGAGGGCGGAUGGCCCUACGGGCACGUUCGCACCUGAUGCCCCUCACCGCAGCCAGCCGCCAGAGGGUGGCAACGAGGCUUUCUCCCGGCAGCUGAUGAGUGAGGUGGAGAGGCAGGUUGCCUUGAUGUCUGGACGGUGUCACGGCCACGACCAGCAGCUCCGAGAACUGGCAGCGGUGCUUCAGAAAUUGCAGGCGAGGGUGGACCAGCUGGACGGCGACAGCCAAGGGACACUGUCCCUGACCGCCUCUGCGACCUUCCGCCUAGAGCAGGAAUCACGCAUCUCCCGCCUGGAGGAUGUUCUUGGAACGCUCGCAGAGAAAUUCGAGGCCAUCCAGAAGGAAUUACAACAGACCAGGCUGAGAACAGCUAGUGGGCUUGAGGAGGAGCAGCGCCUCCACUCCGAGGUGAAGCGUCUGGGGCUGGAGCUCGGUCGCCUGAGAUUGGAACUGUCCGAUGGGCCUCAUUCGAAAACCAGCUGCGAGGAGGUCAACGCGCUACACGGAAAGGUAGAUGCCCGAGUCAGAGAAACCAUCAGACUCCUGUUCUCCGACGAGCAAGGCGCUUCUCUUGAAUGGCUGCUACAGAAGCUUUCCUCUCGCUUCGUGAGCAAGGACGCUCUGCAGGUUGUGUUGCAGGACCUGGAGCUGCAGAUACUGAAGAACGUUACCCGCUACAUCUCUGUGACAAAGCAGGCCCCGGAUUCUGAAACAGUGCUGUCCGCUGUGCACGAGGCAGGGGUUUCUGGAAUCACAGAAGCGCAAGCGCAUGUCAUCGUGAACAACGCCCUGAAGCUCUACUCCCAGGAUAAGACUGGCAUGGUGGACUUCGCGCUGGAGUCCGGCGGCGGGAGCAUCCUCAGCACUCGCUGCUCCGAGACGUACGAGACCAAGACGGCACUCAUCAGCCUGUUCGGGAUCCCACUCUGGUAUUUCUCCCAGUCCCCUCGUGUCGUGAUCCAGCCUGACAUCUAUCCAGGCAACUGCUGGGCAUUCAAGGGCUCCCAGGGGUACCUUGUGGUGAGGCUGUCCAUGGAGAUCCGCCCAACCACCUUCACUCUGGAGCACAUACCGAAGACCCUGUCGCCUACAGGCAACAUCACCAGUGCUCCCAAGGACUUCGCUGUCUAUGGAUUGGAAAACGAGCACCAGGAGGAAGGGCGGCUCCUGGGACGGUUCACGUACGAUCAGGAUGGGGAGUCCCUGCAGAUGUUUCACACGCCGAAGAGACCGGAAAGAGCUUUCCAGAUAGUGGAACUUCGGGUUUUCUCCAACUGGGGGCAUCCAGAAUACACGUGUCUUUAUCGGUUCAGAGUCCACGGAGAACCCAUCGAGUAAAGCCCCUGCCGGCGGUUCCUGUACAGCUUGUAUAUACUGGGACAGCGUGACACACUGGACCGCUUCAUGAACCAGGGCACAGAGAGGAACAGGAGGCCAUCAUCCCUAAAUAAACGCUACCGACCGCCACUGGGAGUGGACCCCCGCCUGUUCUUCUGUCCACAGAAAACACUGCAUGUCGAAUGCGUAGCUUCACCGAGGUCUGCUUGCAACUGCCGAUCUCUGUGGAAAUUCAUUUGAAUGUGUGGUUCACAAAGACACGUAUGUUGUUUUGGGGAUUUGUUUUUGAACGUAAAGCUCUUGAUAUUUGUUAUUUUCUUGACAUCAGGAACAAAGCAAAUGAAAUUAAAAGGUCUUAGUGUUUGAAGCUUUGAUACGUAGCCUUUCACUGGCCCUUCUUAAGAACUUUUGGGGGCAGAUCGAUGUCACCUGUUCAGUCCAGCACACAUUUCUUUCAGGGAAAAACCACGUCACCAAGUUUCAGUUGUGAACUCCUUUCCUCCAGGGUAGGAUUUUCCCUUUACACCACACCAGGUGGGGAAAUUCCUACAAUGUGUUUCUCUUAGUCUGUUCCUACUUCUGCGAAAGAUUCUCAGCGUUAGGACCCGUAGGCUGAGGGGGGUCUCACGUGACGGGGUGGGGGUGGGGGUGGCGGUCUGGGUCUCAACGGACACAGCAGUUGAGCGCUCAGGUCUCCAGGAGGCUCAUCCUGUGGUGGCCGUCUCUGAGUCUGUGCGGCCUCAGCGCGACACAGGACACCCAGGCUCAUGGGUGGCGCCCGAGUCGAACACUGACGUGCUCUGUCUCUCCGAGUCCGAAAUGCUCCCUCUACUGAUGGUUAUCCAAGGGGACUGAGCAGGGCAGAAAAUUCACAAAACCAGUAGUUUCUGAUUAUACUUCUUCCCACGGCGCCACUUUCUUCCCGCCUCUAGCUGGGAUUUGCCUCUUACUAGGACUGUCGGCUGUUCUCAAUUCCUUGAGACUCAUUUUGUUUAUAGUUCAUAUUUAAUAUUUAGACUAUUUUACUGAGCAGACUUUAUAAAUGAGAUAUCUGCAAGGCACUUAAAGUGUUACAGAUGUUUUAAAAAUUAUUUAAGUUUUAUUGGGUUAAGACCGUUCUUUUGAUGUUCUCAUAAAUACUGUAUUUUCAGAAAAAGAAAAUGAUGGUGCUGACUGGUUUUCUGAAGAGUUUAUGUAUAUUGCACAACAGUCCUCAAAUACAGAAAAACUACACAAGUAGCAUUUUUUCACUCUUCUUAAAAUUGGGACUAAUUAAUGCCUAUGCAGUUAGUUCAGAUAAAAUGUAUACAGAUGUUUCAUAUAUUACAGGAUAAAUCUAUAAAUCAAGAUUUCCUAUAUAAAACUAAAUUUGGGAGCUGGGUGGAAGUAUUUUGAAUAUUAAUUUAUUUUUAAAGAUGCAAGAUAGGACUUUGUGCGCGGUAUUUUUGUAAAUGCUUUUCAAAACACUUGUCUUUGGUAGUGCUGCUUUUGCUGACACUGCCAAAUUGAUAAGAUGCUAUUGAAAUGUUUAAAUAAAGAGUUUAAAUUUUUAAAAGUG